AUGGCGGACACGGUACAGAUUACGAUGGAGAAAAUGAUUCCGGAGCUAGAGGAUUUAGAGGCGCGGAAAAUUUUUACGAAACAUGAGAUACGCCAAAUUGUGGACAAGCGCCGUAGCUUUGAAUACUCACUCAAGCGUGUUCCCCUGCGUAAAAUUGACGCCAUGCGCUACAUCGAGUAUGAACUUCAGCUGGAUGCACUCCGUGCGAUGCGUAAGGAACGCUUAAAUCUUGUGAAGGUCACACUGGGUGAUACGGCCGGCGUUAAGCGAGUACACAAUAUCUUUGACCGUGUUCUGUUUAAGCACCGCGGUAGCAUCGAGCUCUGGCUGCAGUAUGUGGCGUUUUGUAAACGAGAAGGAAGCAGUCGCGUGCUGUCCGCCGUUUUUUCCAGAGCGUUACAGUCAAACCCACGGUGUGCCGAGCUCUGGAUCGAAGCGGCGUCAUACGAAUUUGGAGUGAAUCUAAAUGUGGAUUCAGCGCGUGUGCUCAUGCAGCGUGCUAUUCGUCUGAACAAGGAGAAUCGUAAGCUUUGGAUCGAGUAUUUUCGCUUGGAGUUGCUAUACGUGCAGAAGCUGACGAUGCGUCGCCAGGUCUUGCGCUUAGACGACAAGACAGAGAAGUCUUUGGAUGAAGACGGAUCGACCGUUCUGAUUGAUCAGCUUCCAGAAGAACAGGACGAUCAAGUAGAGAAGUACUCCGAAGAGAUGACAACCAAGAUGAAUGCUAGGAAGCUGAUACUUCAAGGUGCGAUUGCAAAAAUUGUGUACACUAAUGCUAUAAGUGCGAUUCCGAACGACGUGUCAUUCCGACUUGAGUUUGUAAAAAUUCGUGACUUUUUUGGCUCAGUCAUGGCUGCUGAAGUAUCUGACUUUAUACUAGAAGACUGCUUGAAUAAUUUUCUAAAUAGCGAGGAGGUACACGUUUCAAAAGCACUACGACCUCUCCUGGUUAUUCACGGCAAUACUGCGGUUGAUGUACCGGAGACGAUGGGCACUUGUAUGUCGGAGGCUGAGCGUGAGGCCGAGGUAACGGUUGUGCGCAACUUUGAGGAUAGUGUUGCCCAGCUGGGCACUUUUUUGAUUAAGGAACUUUUUGCAGAGUGGAUUUUGACCCGAUUGGCCUCUUUAAGUCAAACAGCGUUCUUGCUUGAACAUGCACGAGUAAAGCUGAAGGAGUUUGCGUUGACUAAGUCGAGUACUUCUUCGCUUGCCAUCAAGUACGUGGAUUUUAUCCAUCGCACAGAUGGAACGAAUGAAGCUCUUUUGGUCGUGGGGGAGAUCUGUGAUAAGUGGCUACCACAGUCGUCGGAAAUGUGGCUACUGCAGUCUCAGCUUGUGCUUCAUGCAGAUUAUAAUGCGAAAAAGCCAAAAGAUUCGUCUUUAACUAAGCGUCGCCGCACCUCGCGUAACUCGCGGUCGAGAUCUGCUGGCUCGGACAACAAUUCAUUGGUGACUGCCAUAUCAAUAUUGGAGACAGCCCUGACGAAGGUUGCCGCAGACGAUUACGAGGCACAGUUUGCGAUAUAUAGCCGCAUUCUUCAGCUGCAUAUUAGCAAUGGUGGGUCUUCCAGCGUCAUUGAAAAAUUGUUUACGGAAGCCCUCGGCCAUCAGAAGCGUGGCUCGGUGCAUUGGAGCAAUCUACGACACCAAUUUGUAGCAUGGUCUGCAAGUAUAGCAUCUCAGCGCUCACUUGAGCAUGUUCGCGCGUUGUACACUAGGUUUAUGGUGGACGAGCAGUUGUUGCAGUCUCCUGAGACGUAUUCAUUCUUGAUGUUAUGUGUGGAUAUUGAGACAUCCGCAACGUCAAUAAAUGUCAACAAAGUGCGCGAAUUAUUUGAGAAACUUAUCGAUUUGUUCGGUUCGACGCACGAGGAAGUUUGGGUGCAGUAUGUGCGCUGUCUGACUGAACGUCUGGCCUUGUUUGGCGAUGCUAUGCGCGUGCAACAGCGUGCUCUACGUGUAUGGAAGGAGUCUCCUGCUCUCACGCACUUAGCCUCGAUAGGUAUGUAG